AUGACGCCUUUUGGAAAGUUUGAAUUCAAACAUGAUAUUCACAAAAGACAGAUUGUUGAAUCUGAAAUAUCACCAGUGACUAAUGAAAUACCAGCUGGUAUACCAACCGAAGAAAUUUCCAAGACACCAGAAGGAGAAGUUUUAGAUAAACAAGAAAAAGAUUUGAGCCCUGAAGUAAUUAUUAGUUCAGUUAUAAACCCUGUUGAAAACGAAAAGUCCUUUCCAAUUGUUCUACCGGUAGAAUCUAACGUUCUUAUGCCACCAGCAACAAAUGGCAAUAAUAUAAAACAAUCAACUGCCGAGGUUUUAAUAACAGAAGAAGUAAUACCAAAACCCGAUGAUAUUUCUCCACCUGAGCCUUCGAUAAGACCUACUAUCGAAAUAACUCCAAAACCUGUAGAUAUCCCUCUACCACCUAUAUCUAAGCCUGUAAAAAACGUAGUCAUUAGUACUCCUGUAGAAAGUACCGUACCACCAAUAAUUUCUAUACCUGUAUUUCAAAAUUCUAAAGGACCCGUUAUAUUUCCUGUAAUAGAUAAAGUACCAGAUACGCCUUUGUUACAUACAGAUAUUACUCAAAUACCAUUAGGCGGUAUGGCAUAUCCUGCCCCAGUACCGAUUCCGGUUCCAGAUGUUAUAGUUCCACCUCCUAUUCAAUCUCCUCCGCCAAUAAAAGAACCGCCUGUGGUUAAAGAAGAAACACCAAAUUUUUUCGUUAAAGGAUCCAGAUUUGUUUUAUACUUUGGUUCUAUGAUGCUUCAAAUGUUAACACAACUUGUGAACGGACGUAUAAAUUUGAAUCAACCAUUACCGGCUGUUCUUCCGGAGAUACAAUAAAAAAUUUCAAUUUGUAAUAUAAUUUUGUACAAAAUA